AUGACCCUCUCCGGCAAGAUCGUCCUCGUUGCCGGCGGUGCCCGGGGUAUCGGCGCCGCCGUGGCCCUGCGCCUCGCCCAGGACGGUGCCCGCAUCGCCUUUACGUUUGACCACGCCACCUCCGUCUCCCGCGCCCACGCCGUCAUCGCCUCGGUUGAGGCCGCCGGCUCCUCGGCCACCGCCAUCCAGGCCGACCCCGUCAAGGACCACGACCGCGUUGUGCGGCACGUUCUCAAGGCCUUCCAGGUCUCCCAUAUUGAUAUCCUUAUCAAUGGGCCCGGCGCCGAGCUCGCCGCUCCGCUCGAGACGACGUCCCCCGAGGCCUUCGACCGCGUUUUCGAGUCCAACGCUCGCGCCGUCUUCUUCAUGAUGAAGGCUGUGCGCCCGUACCUCGCGCGCGAGGCCCGCGUCGUCAACCUGUCCGGCAGCGCCGCUAGGGACGACGAUGUCGGCAGCAUGGCGCUCGCGGGAAGCAGGGCUGCCGUCGAGGCCUUCACGCGCGUUGCGGCGCGGGAGUUUGGCGAGAUGGGCCGGGGCAUCACGGUCAACUGCGUCAGUCCGGGCAUGGUGAAGGACGGAGAGGAGGAGGGCGUCAGCGAGGACCUGGGGCUGGAAACGGCGCGAGGCACACCAGCUGGAGAGAGGCUCGGGAACGUCGAUGACAUAGCGGACGUCGUGGCUUUCCUGGUGAGCGAGGGUGCCAGGUGGGUGACGGGAGCCGUGAUUCCCGUGAACGGCGGGAGGAUGAUGUUCUGA